AGGAAGAAGGAGGGGAUAGAGUCCUGAUGUGAGUCAUGGGGUGAGGGGUGGGUCAGAUAGAGAAUAGGACAUAGAGGGGAAGUGUGGUUACUGUUUGAUGGGUUAAUGAAGUGAAAAGGGUCUGAAUCAGCAGCAUAUAUACCUAUGCGCAAACAGUACCAGAGGUUGUGAAAGAGAAAGGGGGAUGCGGGGAGGGCUAGAAAGAGCAGAUGGGAUGACAACUGCUAACGUUUUGACAGUUUGUCACAUUUUGUGUGCAUCCUAACAGCAGUGUAUCUCUCACAGAUGUUAAUCUAGACGAGGAGAAGAAGGACAAUUGCAAUUCUGGAAAAGAAGUGGUUUCAGAAGCAAAGAAUGGGAGGAUGAAACAGGGACGCUCCCCGAGAACAAUGACGACAAGUUGGAUUGAAACAGAGAAGGGGGUUGAUGCCCGGCUUUCCUCUUCAGCAAAUUCCUCAGGUAACAGGACCUGCAAUAUUGACGAGUCCUACAAGUACAUCUUCCUGCCCAUAUGCUACUCCUUCACCUUUGUCUUCAGCAUAACCCUUAACUUUGUGGUUCUCUACCGUUCCUUUCGACGCACCAGACGUUGGAACGCGUCCCUGAUUUACAUGGUGAACCUGGCCACCACAGACUUCAUGUAUGGUCUAUCCCUGCCCUUCCUUGUGGCUAGUUACAUCAUGCAGGACGACUGGGUGUUUGGAGACUUCAUGUGUCGCCUUGUUCGCUUUCUCUUCUACUUCAACCUUUACUGCAGCAUCUUCUUCCUCACUUGCAUCUCAGUGCACCGCUACCUGGGCAUCUGCCACCCCAUGAAGACCAUCACCUUGGAGAGCAAACGAGCAGUAAAGGGGACUUGCGUUUUGGUAUGGAUCGCUGUUUUUGCACUAACAUGCCCCAUCUUUCGUUUCGCACAGACGCAGUAUCUUCCACGGGAAGGUAAGGGCACAAGGGAGGAGGUGUUUAAUAAUUGCUGGGAUGAUGCAAUUGAUAGAGAGUUCCACGACUACAUCCCUUACGGGGUCACGCUCCACUUCUUGGGAUUUUUUGUGCCAUUUAGCAUCAUAGCCUGGUGCUACUCGCGCGUAGUGAUAACAAUAUUUCGGACGCUGAACUCUGAACCUCCUUCUCAAAGAGCCAGAAGUGGGACUGGUCGUGAAAGCGUCGCAGGAAUUGGAGGAGAGGGCAUGUCAAUCAUCUUAGGAGCUCGUUCGCCAUAUGUAAACAGGCGUCGCAAGUCUAUCAAGACCAUAAUUACUAUCACUCUGCUCUUUGCCCUGUGCUUCUUUCCCUUCCAUGUCACACGAACUAUUUUCCUGUUGCUAAAAUUGACGAGUAGGGUUCAGUGUCACACCAUGCGCAUGGUUUCCAUCUGUUAUAAAAUCACUCGGCCGCUGGCCUCAUUCAACGCCUGGCUGAAUGCACUACUUUAUUUCCUUACAAAAGAGAAAAACGGGCCCUGCUGUCAGAAACCUGAACAUGCCCAACAUGGCCUGCUGUGGCCUCUGAGAAUGCUGGGGAAAGGAGAGGAAGAGGAGAACGAAGCUGAGGAGACUAGGAACCACAAGGUCAAUGGGCCAACAACUGUACACAAUACAUACAGAGGUCUACCUUAAAGGCUGAUUUAUACUUCUGCGUUAGGUGCACGCGUAUGUUCCGAUGCAGCCUGCGCGUGGACGCAUAGCCCUCGCCGUGGCUGUGGCCGAUGCAGACGCGCACCUCUCAAAAAUGUAACUACAUGUCACAAUGACUCAUAGCGCAAGCUCUGUGAUUGGUCGCCUUGGUAGUGCUGGUGAGUGUGGGCGGGACCGAGAGCCACAUGAACCCGUUGGAGCGAGUGUCAAGUCCCGUGAAGGAGCUCUAGAUGGAAAGUUGUGUUUUGUAUUUGCUUUAUGAUUAAUGUUGUUGCACA